AGUUUUGUGGUUUUAUUUAAAUUGUCAAAUAUCAAAAAUAUAAACAAUUUCUUAACCUUGAAAAAUGUUUCGCUUGAAAGAAUGUGAUAAGUGUAUAAUAAAUGUAAAAACACUAUUGAUUAACACUUUCUUUAUCAAUUAGAAUGUGAUGAUUUGAGAGUUUAUAGGUUAGAUAAAUAACGAUGAAGACUCCAUGCUUGAUAUUAUCCAAGAUAACAAGAAGUUUUUCUAGUGCGAUAGUUAAAUUAGAAAAAAAUAUGAGUGAAAAAACUUACGAGGACGCUUUAGCAGCUUUAAAUGAUCUACAAAGUAAUGCUCAAUAUAUUAGAGACGCAGGAAAAUCUAAUAUAUUGAAACAAGUUGCGAAUAAACCGGAAGUUUUAACCUAUCUGCAAAGAACUGGUCUAAAUGUAAAAGAUUUAGAUAAGCUUAAAGUGGUACACGUAACGGGAACAAAUGGGAAAGGUAGUACUUGCGCUUAUACGGAACAAAUUUUAAGAAAUCACGGUUGCAAAACGGGUUUUUUUUCAUCACCUCAUCUCCUUGAAGUUCGUGAAAGGAUACGAAUAAACGGAAAACCCAUAUCAAAAACUGAAUUCACUCAUUAUUUUUGGAAAAUACACGAUCUUCUCACCAACAACAAGGAAAAUUUCACUGAUAUGCCGAUGUAUUUCCGGUUUAUGACUAUUUUGGCUUUUCACGUUUUUUUGGGGAAUAAAGUCGAUGUGGCGAUAUUAGAAGUUGGUAUUGGUGGAGAAUAUGAUUGUACAAAUAUUGUAAAAAAGACUUUGGUAGUAGGAAUAACCCCGUUGGAUUUGGAUCAUAUGUCACUUUUAGGUGAUAGUUUAGAGUCGAUUGCUUGGCAUAAAGCUGGUAUCAUGAAAGAGGGUUGUACGGCUCUAACGGUACCUCAACCACCUAAUGUUUUCAGGAUUUUUAAAGAACGAAGCAUAGAAAAGAAGUGUACUUUGAAUGUUGUAGAUUGUGAUUAUUAUGGUGGAAAUGAUAGGAUACCUUUGAAUGUGUGUAAAACUAAUGCGAGUUUGGCGUUGGCUUUAGCAGAGGCUUUUCUUAACAAAGAUGAAAAUCGAAAUUUUAAAAAGUUCGAUUUUGAUUUAGCCAAAAAAUCGAUAGGAAUUACGUACUGGCCGGGUCGAUAUGAAAUCAAACCUCACCAAAAUCACACGUUUUAUCUAGAUGGCGCUCACACUUUGGACAGUUGUCGCGUCUGUAGGGAUUGGUUCGUAUCGCACGUUAAUAAUUCGAAAAAGAAACGUUGUUUGAUAUUUAAUUUGACGAGAGAUAGACGGGCCGAUGUUUUUUUUCGAGAAUUACUAACCUGCGAUUUCGACGUUGCCAUUUUUAUACCGAACGUUGGUAGUUACAACGACAAACCAGAUACAGCGGAUUUUCUAUGCCCCGCAGACAAACAAUUGGUACAAUGCGAAGCGAACAAGAAACUUUGGUUAGAAAUGGAGGGAAAUCGGAGUAAAAAAGUCGAAAUCGCUUUAGUUUUGCCGUCUUUCGAAAAAACCGUCGAAUUUUUAAACCGAACCGGGGAAUACGAUUCGCUCGUCACAGGUUCCAUACAUUUAAUAGGAGCAGCUCUUUCGAUUCUCGACCCGAAUCUCGGGGGCACGUUGAAAGAUGAUUGAAACUAUCGAUCGAAUUUAAUUUGUGCUAUAAACAAAUUGAGAAAACAAUUUUAAUCUCAUUUAUUUUGCUUAAGUAUAUAAAUUGUUCCCUACAUACUGUGAUUCUAUAAAAUAAAUUUGUUUAUGUUCGUUGGAUCUUUUCGAAACCUUCUUCGUGUUGGUCCAAUAUACAUUUGUUAAUAAAAACUACAAUAAACGAUGAAAAUGAAAUAAAUAGUAUUUAUAUA